ACAACAGGGUGCCCCACAUGCCACAUUUAUGCAUUUCAACGAAAAAAAAAUCAAAGCAACAUCCACACCACGCAGACACACCCUGCAGCAUCCUUGUCAAAGUCGGAGUUCAAGAGGCGCGCACUCUUUUUUUUUCUCAUUCUUUUAUUCUUAUGUCGUUGCCUCGCGUAUCUUGCGGUUAAUCUCCUCCACCUUUUGGGCUCUCUCACGGCUGCUCUUCUCCUCUCUUCAUCUGGGUGGAAAUACCCGCGCGCAUAGGCAAUUAGUGAUCAAUUCUGGAAGCUUCCACACACACCAUACUCUACAGAGCUCCCUGUCUUUUCUCACCCUCGCGCACGGAUUUAGCAAUAAUAAUGUAUAAUUGCGGACUCAUUUGGUAUUUUUAGCAUAUUUCAGGAGGCACACGCAUUUCGACAUUUCUGCGCAAUUAUACAGUGUUUUCUGUUUUUUUUUUUUGUUCAUUUCUGAGUAAAGAGACUCAUUUCGAAAAAUUUUAAUUGAAUUUUAUUUUUGGCCGAGAAAGUCAGUGUCUUCCAACUGGCAUCAUUUUUAUUGCCCAAAACUCGCAUCGGUGGCUCCGCACAUUAUUCUGCAAUCUAUCGACGAUACUCGUAAAAAUUCAAAUAGGGUGUUACUUUUUUUCUGGUUGGAAAUUCCGAGGGCAUAGGGUGUCGGGGAAUUCUAAUUUACCUGCUUGAUCUUAAAGGAAUGGCUUUAAAAGGUUUUUUUUUAAUAAAUUAUUUUGGACAAAUUAUGAAGUUAUCUUGACACCCCUAAAAGUGUAGCAACAGCAACUACCCUCAGUAACCUCCAUUCGCAGUCCCAACUGUUUUCUUGCUUUACUUUGGAAAAUGAUUCUUUGAAAAUAUAAUGAAAAAUUGACAGAAUUUCACUAAAAUAAAUUCAAUUCAAAAGAUUAUUUUUAUUUGGUAAAAAAAAAUGAAUAUUUUUAUCUGAAAUUCAAUAAAUCAUUUCAGAAUGAAUCGAAUGAUUCAUUCUGAAAUAUUUCUGAUCUAUGAAUCAAUUUUUUACAGAAAUUUUUUGCGAUUUAUCAAUGAAUAAUUUAAAAUAAAAAAGCUAAAAUAUUUUUAAUGAUGAAUCAAAAUUAAAAGGAGUUAAUUCACGUCUGUAUGAUUCGAUGAGGAUCUGCGUCAAUGUUUCAUCUACAAGUUUUGAGACCAAAUUUUCUUUUUAAGAGAAAAAAUGAAAAACUUAAAAAGAAACAUUUUUUCACAGAAUAAAAAUUGCAAGAAAGAGUAAAACACAGGACUAGAUUUCAGGAAUUCAUUACUCUAAUUACUAUGACGUUUCGAAGACGUGUUACUCCUUCCUCAGGUUUGCAAUUUUUUUUUAUGAACAGUUUUCGAAUUUACUUUUAUUUAAAUUUAAAAUGAAUCUAUUUCCUUAUUUUUUUUUAUAUUGAAUUAAAAUUAAUAAAUUGCAUGAAAGCAAUAACUUUCAAAUAUUCCACAAAGUCUUUCAACUAAGAAUUUGGAUAUUUUGAUUAAAAAGGAGGGUAACAUACGAUGAUGAUGAUGUAUAUUGUACAUAUGUGCAAUAUAAUAUGCAAAACUUUCAUGGAGAAACCAGAAAUCUCUACCAAUGAGUUGUUAUUAAUUGGGCGAAGAUAAAUCAAGAAAAUUGAGAGUUUAGUUGUUGGCAAAAGAGAGACUCUAUGCUGCGGAAACGGAAAUUGAGACGAAUGGUGUGUUUGGAAGAAUUGCAGAUUGUGUUUCAAUUUCCUCACACCACACUAUUUAUAUAUAUUUAAUUUUAGCUAUAUAGAGCACACCAGCAGUUUCUGCUAAAUGGCUGGAUUGUACAAAAGGGAGCAUUGAAAUGUAAAUAGAAAGAGUGUGUUAAAACUGGGCGAUUGCUUGAUGAAAAAAAAGGAUUGUUUAUUAGUUAGAAGGAGUUUCAGUUCUCUGUUGAUUGUGCUCAGUUUAAGUUUUCGCCUUCUGUUUGAAUUUUUGAUUAAGUCUCCGCAUGUAUCCUUGUGAUGAUUUUUUUCUCAAUCCUUCUCUCAUUCAGAUGGUCGUAUUGAUUCUUUUUGCAGAAGAAGUAUGUGGAGGAGAUAAAAAAAAAAGUUUUUUUGGUCUUAAAGACGGUGACGAGUUGAAAAUAAACGGGUUUGCAUUGCUUGGGCUCUUUUGCGGUUGACGACGUCAGAGUGGUCGAAUAUUUGGGUGCUGUGUUGCAUGGCGAGGAGGAGCUCACAAACAGUCGUGGUGGCGAGAGAGAAGAAAAGCCAUUGAGGAGAAACCGAUACAUUAGUCGUAAAAGAUAUCUCCAGCAAUUCACUUCGUAUCGCGCGCUGUUUUUCCCUCUCACCCAUAAACACGAAGAGAAUUUUUAGAAGGAAAGAAAAAAAUCAGUGCCUCUCCGUGCAUAUCAUCUUCCACCACACCAGUGUUCUGUUUUGGAUAUCUCUGACCAUUUGUCGUCUCAAAAAAAAAUAUAAGGAGCGGAAAAUAUAGAAUAAUGAUGAUUGCUUGUGGGAAUUUACUACUCUUCUGAGACCCCGAGAUAGUGUGUUAUGUAUGUGAUGUGUUGUGGGCAAAAGAAGACCCAUCAAGGAGGCGAUAUUACCUAUAAAUUAAAUGACUACUUCUUGAUUGAAAGUGAAAUUCCUUGGGAAUUUUUCAGUAUACUAUAUAUCGUAGAAGAGUAAGGUGAAUUGAAAUUUUGAUGAUUGUAUUCCACACGACUUUGCUAUCCUGACCUUUGUUUAUGCAAAUGAAUUAUCUCAUUUUUUUGUGUGUGUUUUUGGUGCUAUAUCAAAAAAAUAAAAAGAGUUGGAUAGUUGCUUAGCCCGGUAGAAUUAAAUAUUUGUUUAUUCACAUAUUACAACACUGCUCUUACACCAUCAUCAAAUUCAUCCUUCUCAUAUGUUAAACAAUGAUUUUUUUAUGGACUUUUGUGUGAAGAUUUCACUGCAGUGAAUUGAAGAUCUUUUGGUCGUGGUUUUUUUUUGCUGCUACGUGCCUCCAAGUGAGGGAAGAAAAAUUAUAUAGUUGUGAAAGCUGUGAAGUUGGGUGAGAGGACAAAGAAGAAGAGGUGAGAGAGAGGAAAAGAAGCGUGGAGUUAUGGUGACAACAAUUAAAAUAACCUGCGACGGUGUGUGCAUUCAAUCAAAUUCUUACCUCACGAAUUUGCACUUGAAUGGCAAUAUACGAAGUGUUACGAAGGAGAGUGAUAAUUUCUCCGUAUCAAAUGGAUCCUCUGUGAAUGGUGCGGUUGUAGAUCAAGUUGAUGGCUCCAAUGGUGGUGCAAUUGAGGGUAGUGGAAGGGACACCGUAACAAGGGGUCACAGUGGUGCGAAGAAAGUGCGUCCAGUGAGACCCAACUACGCCACACAAAACUUUCCGCCAAAAGCUCACGUGUACUUUGUGAGGAGACUCUCAAUUGUUUCUCCUGAAGAUUUCACACAGAGAGUCAUCAAGGAGACACCAAACAAAUCGACAGUGCUUCCGAAUCUUGAUGGAGAUCUGAAGCGACGACGAUCGGAUAGGAAGCAGAUAGUAGCACGAAGGAAUUCUAGCGGAGCGACUGAGCUGGUCGUAAUGAAUAGUCACGCGACAGCACUGAAUUUGCAAUCAUCUGGCCAAACAGCUGUUGUCGGUCACCAUCGUGGUUUCUCUCAGGUUUCAGCCAGCACUGGUGGCGGUGGCUCCACAUCGGGCGACUGUCCAUGGUUUAUGGCAGCUCAUCAGAUGCCACCAACAGCACCAAUUCGUCAACACAAACGUCCAGCACCCCAACCGGGUAUUCUCCUACAUACACAACCUCAGCCCAACGUUAAGCAUCAUCCACAAAUGUCAAAUCCUCCACCUCAGGUGCCGCCACAUUCAAAUGUGCAACAGAAUCAAAAUCCAAUUCACUUGACCAAUCACUUGCACGCGAAUCAACAAAUAGUAGCGGCCUCGAAUGCAACUCACUCACCCAAAUCACCGAAUCUCCAACCAAUGCAUUCACAUCAAACAAUUCCACCACCAUCGGGCUCCACAUUGGGUGCCACCACGAAUCUCAUGUCAACAUCUCUAAAUAGUGUCCAAUUGACAAGUCAAAUAGCUGGCAAUGGGGCACCCCCAAUGUCAGGAAGUAAUCACCUAGCCGGCUUAGCUGUACUUACACCAUCUGGACCCACUGUUCCCAUGUCAAUGUCUUCAUCGCACAGUGGUAUAGUGUUUGAUAAAGGAAGUUCUUCCACGUGGAACAGUGCAUCGUCACUGUCGCCCACAGUACCAUCGAAUCAGAAAAAAUGUGAAGUGAAACUGAAUGCAAUGCCAUGGUUCCACGGGAGCAUAACGAGAGAUGAAGCAGAACACCUACUGCAGCCACGCGAGGAUGGUCUCUUUCUCGUGCGGGAGUCCACAAAUUUCCCCGGUGACUACACACUGUGUGUCUGCUUCCAGGGAAAAGUGGAGCACUACCGUGUCAAGUAUUUGGAGAAUAAACUGACAAUAGACGAUGAGGAGUACUUUGAGAAUUUGGGGCAACUUGUGCAGCACUACGAGAUGGAUGCCGAUGGGUUGUGUACACAGCUGAUUAAGUGUUUGCCGAAGAAGGGGAAGCAGGAGUUUUGCAUAAAUUCAAAGGACUUCCUCGACAAGGGCUGGGUGUACCCCGAGAGUGAUAUUCAAUUGCGCGAAAGAAUAGGAAAGGGGGAGUUUGGUGAUGUAAAAUUGGGUAUCCUACGGGGUGAAAAAGUAGCUGUGAAGAUGCUCAAAGAUGAUGGAGCUGCACAGAAAUUCUUAGCAGAGGCCUCAGUUAUGACAACACUGGAACAUGAGAAUCUCGUGAAAUUUAUCGGCCUAGUGUUCACAAAUAAGCAUAUUUAUCUUGUGACGGAAUACAUGAGCAAGGGAUCCCUUGUUGACUAUCUCCGGUCGCGGGGUCGACAGCACAUUACACGAAAAGAUCAAAUUAAUUUUGCAUUCGACACAUGCUCUGGUAUGGAGUACUUGGAGUGCAAGAAAGUAGUCCAUCGAGAUUUGGCGGCUAGAAAUGUGCUAAUUUCUGAGAAUUGUGUGGCCAAAGUAUCGGAUUUUGGAUUAGCACGUGAGGAGUGCUACAAUCUCGAUGUUGGCAAGUUGCCAAUUAAAUGGACAGCACCAGAAGCACUAAAAGGAGGGAGAUUCUCCAACAAAUCCGAUAUGUGGAGUUUUGGGAUACUUCUCUGGGAAAUUUAUUCAUUUGGACGGGUUCCAUAUCCGAGAAUUCCACUGGCUGAUGUUGUGAAGCAUGUUGAGGUUGGGUACAAGAUGGAAGCCCCAGAGGGUUGCCCACCGGAAAUAUAUGAAAUGAUGCGACAAGCGUGGGACCUGAAUCCAUUAAGGAGACCAAACUUUGGGGACUUGAAGGUGAAGCUGCUGCAGCUGAAGAAUGCCACGACGUGAAUUUCUAGUUUGAUACACCUUUGGUAUGUUUUUUAUAUUUUAUUUUUUGAUUUAUUGUACUAUCAAAAAAAUGUCAAUUUUAUUUUAAAUUAAAGAAAUAAAAUUGUCAGUGAUUUAUCACUGAAUUUGUAUGAGUUUAAAAAAAAUAAAUAAAUCAAAGGUGAUUAUGAUAAGAAUA